ACUAGGACUACCAUACAUGAGUGCAUUCUUGGACUCUGUAGGCACAAACUUUCGACACGGCGCAAACUUCGCCACCGGAGGCUCUUCCAUUCUACCUGGUCCUUUCAGCCCAUUCGAUCUCGGCGUUCAGAUCUCUCAAUUCAAACAGUUCAAAUCAUGCACAACACAACUCUACAAGAAUUUGGGUGGUUCCGGGGAGCCAUUAUAUCCUUCUUCAGCUUUCUGCAGUUCAUUAGCCAGAAUUAUUGCACAUCAAGCAAGUAAUGUGAAUAUGCCUCUUAAUCCAAUUUAGAGUCCCUGUAAUCUCAUCUCCUUCAGUUUCUUUGUGCACAAAGCUGAAUAAUUUUGUAAAGACUGAUGACAUAUAAAAAAAUGGCGUCAAAUUCAGGGAUCAUCGAAAAUUGCAGCAGCGUGUCCCUUCCGCAUCCUGAUGGUUUCUCAAAGGCCCUCUACACAUUUGAUAUAGGACAGAAUGAUCUUACAUUUGGCUUUCAGAACUUGAUAGUAGAUCAAAUUGUCGCUGCAAUUCCUGGAAUCCUUGACAGAUUCAAUGCAGCAAUACAACAACUCUAUGGCGAAGGAGCAAGAGCUUUCUGGAUACAUAACACCGGUCCAAUUGGAUGUUUGCCUUUCAUGGCUCUACCAUUCAAAUUUAGAAAUGGCACCCUUGACCAGAGUGGCUGCAACGCUUACCAAAACAAUGUCAUUCAAGAAUUCAAUCAGCAGCUUAAAGAAAGUGUGGACCAGCUAAGAAGAAAUGUCUCCAUGGCUGUAUUCACCUACGUCGACGUAUAUUCAGCCAAGCUAUCGCUGAUAAGUGAUGCUAAAAAUCAAGGUAAUCUUCUGCAGCGUUUUGUCGAUCCACUAAACUACUGCUGUGGUACCUUCGUGCCGGCAUUCGUGAUGUGCGGACUGUCAACACAAGUGAAUGGAGCCACCAUUCAUGGAGAUGCUUGUGGCGAUCCUCAGGAUCGGAUCAGCUGGGAUGGCAUACAUUUCACGGAUGCAGCCAAUUCAUGGAUCGCUUCACGCAUCCUUGAUGGUUCCAUGACCAACCCACCUGCACCGAUCUCCGUUGCUUGUCCAUAACUAUACAGCAUCAAG